AUGGCUACCAACAACGUGGUCUUUCUUGUAGCGGUUGUAUGCAUUGUGGUUUCGGUAAAUGCUCAAGUACGACAACCACACUUACCUUAUCCAUUUCCAUUCGAACCUGGUAUGCCAGGAUUACCUAAUAUAACAAAAUGUUUGUCAACGGUGAUGAAUAUUCCUGGAUGCAUUGCUGAGAUUUCUCAAUCCAUUGUCACUGGAAAGUUUGGUAACAUCGGCCCGGCUUGCUGCAAGGCAUUCUUGGAAGCUGAAGCUAAGUGUAUCCCCAAAGUUCCGGUUAAUCCGUUUUUCCCUCCUAUGUUGAAAGAACAAUGCUCAAGAAUUGCUGGAGCAGUUCCUCCUGCCAAAAAUUAG